GUAAAUGACAAGACAAAAGACAAUAAGAAGAUGAAUCAUAUGGGAGCACACGUGAUGAGAAAUUGCAUGAGGGAGGAGGUGGCUGGAUUCGCAAUUAGGGCUAGGUUGAGGUUGGCUCAUGGUGGCUUGGGGCACAACACUCACAAUAGUGAUUAG